AUGGCUGUGCUGUGCUCGAGUUGCUCGACAGCCCGACAUGUUUUGGUUUUCUUGUUGUUUCGUGCUAAACUUUUACUUUGAUUAAGCGGCUCAGUGUAAUAUUUUUCUUCAGCUAAAACGAAUAUAAUAAUGGCUGAGAGUACAGAAAAAGUAGAAAGCGGCCCAGAUGCUCGGAGAAGGAUCUUAAACAUAGCUGUUUCAACUGUAUUACUGGAGUCAGGAUUUGACGCUGCUGAUAAACUUUCCUUGGAAACCCUUACAGAAUUACUCCAGUGCUUCCUCACUGAAGUUGGAAAUUCAGCAAGAGGCUACUGUGAAGUUGCUGGAAGAGUUGAGCCUGUCUUAUCAGAUGUGGUCAUGGCACUCAUAAAUAUGGGUAUUAGUACACAAAACAUAGAGCAAUAUGCUGCCAGACCCAACAGGCAUGUGAUCCAGACUCCGCAGCAGGCACCAGCACCGCGGACACCGGCCAUGCUGUCGGCCGGCUCCAAGGCCAAGCCACCUCCGCACAUACCUUACCACUUACCUCCACUGCCUGACCCUCAUGCGUAUAUUAGGACACCUACUCACAAGCAACCAGUAACCGAGUAUGAAGCUAUAAGAGAGAAGGCAGCCAAUCAGAAGAGAGAUAUUGAGAAAGCCCUCACCAAGUUCCUGGCCAAGACCAGUGAGACACACAACCUGUUCAACACUGAUGAUCAGGUUUUCCCGUUGAUAGCCUGCAAGCCAACAUUCCCAGCAUACCUACCAUGCCUAUUGCCGACUGACCAGGUGUUUGACUUCGACGAGCUGGAGUACCACUUCCAAGUGGCCAACAGGACUGAAGAUAUGCCAGCUGAUAAGAAAGAAUCAGACAACGAAGGCGAGGGUGGUGAUGAAAACGCCAACAACUCUCAGUCAGAGAACCCCAACAAUGACAGCCAGCCGCCGUCCAGCCCGGACCGGAAUAAAUCUGGUGGUUAAUCCUCUAGUGCUAUGUACUCAGUGGUGGUAAAUUUAGAAUAAAGAAGUUUAUGGAUUCAUCAUUAAAAUAUUAUUCGUACUUGUGUUGUACUUUUUCAUACUUUAGCAAAAAAUAAAUUUUGUUUUGCUGAAUCAAAACUGCCACUGCAUGAAACUACACACACUUGAGUUAAAUACUAUGAAAUUGUUACCAGCCCCUCAGUUUCCUUUGUGCCUAGUACUUAUUUAACUAUUCUGUAGUUCUAUAAGUAUGGCUGCUAAACAUUCUGUCUAGUUUUACAUCCAUGUAUGACUACUAGGAUUGUGUUGUAGAAUACUUUAUUUUAAUUCAGACCCAUGGUAAGGGUACACACCAGAGCCUUAUUGGUAUUUGAUUUAUCAGAAUAAACUGCAGUGAAACACAUGAAUACGAAAUUAACAUACUUUAUUAAAUUUAAUACAAAAAUUACUUCAUGGAUGCAGAGUUAAUAAUGGGCAUAGCCUUGAUUCCAUCUCGGGUCACAACAGUGACUUGGAAGUUCGGCAAACUGACAAACAGACGCCGGUGCACCUCUGCCACACACUUCUGGAGGAUUUCGUAAGCUUGCUCUUCAGUCAGAUCUGUGAACAAAUAAAUUUUCAGAUGAGCUUGUAUGAGUUGUUGAAGCACAAUACUUCUUUAAGUAUGUGUGUGAAAUAUGUAAGGUAAAAUUGUGUGUGAGUUCUCAUGGAUUUGAUAGCGAGCAAUUCUUUCAAAUGUUGAUUCAUUAUAUAAAUUGUUUCAGAGUUAAUAAAUUAAGGCCUGAACACAGACAUAUUUAAUAGAACUUUAUGCUGGAACUGGAUUUUCGAACUAAAUAUGUGCAAUAAAAAAGGGCCAUGACUGAAGUGAAACUGUAUAAAUACAUACAUAUCUUUCUUUCAGGCCAAUAACAGGCACACUAGUCAGUAAUAAUUUGCAUUGAAUUUUGCCAAAUACAUUGUUUUUUACUGACCAAAUUGAAUGUUUAAGUAGUUUAACAGUUAGAGCAACCUAUAAAAAAAAUUCACUCACCUUUCUUGUGGUAUCGAUCCAUGAUGCUCAAACUGAGGUAACCACCAAAUCCGUGAGCAGCAAAAGGCACUUUCACACUGGACGCUAGGUAGUCCAUGAAGUAUAGCUCGGGACCAUUUUCCUUGUCAUAACCACCCAUCAGCACAUUGACAAAGUAUGGGGACUGAAAAUUGCAAGAAUAACAUACUUAUUAAAAUGUUGGUAAGUGCCACUGUAAAGACAUCCUGGUUUCUGGAAGGAUGUUGAACAGUGAUAAAGUUGUAAAACAUACAAGCUAGAAAGUGGUUAUUUAGUUAGCCCAUAGUAGUCUACUGCCAUUUAAACAAUGAAUACCUAGAGGUAGCUCUUAAAAAAACUGGUCUUUAUUAUUGUCCAGAUAAGACUUACAAAUUUGUUCAUUCAUAAACUACUUACACUGCUUCUCAAGUACUCGGCAAGGUUCUUGCGAGUGAACGUGGCGGCGGCGGUGGGGCCAAGCUCAUAGCCAUUGCGCAUCUUGUACAGUUGGAUGUUCUUCGCGAUAUAUUCAGCAAACUGAUUGGUGUCUCCAGAGU